AUGGAGGCACUGCCGCAGAUACGGCAGACCCUAAGCGAGAUCGACGGCCGCGUCCCGGAGGCGCUCCGCGUCUCGAUGGGCGUCCGGUUCUGGGCCACGCCGGCGCUCACCCCCGGCGCGCGCGACGACAUCGCGAGGUUCGCCGCGGCCUGCCUGCAGCACCAGCCCGAGGAGGACGACCCCAUGGAGAUCGAUUCCCCCGGGGGUGCAUCUGGAGGUCUGGAGUGCGUCAUGGCGCCGCGGUCACUGCAGCUGUUGCCGGCGUCGUGCUACCUGCCUGACCACGACGAGGACAUGCACUUCAUGCGCCAGGAGUCCGGCGUCAUCGGCGUGGCGGACGGCGUCGGCGGGUACCGCGAACGGGGCGUCGACGCCGCCGCGUUCGCGCGCGCCCUCAUGUACAACGCCUUCGAGGCGGUGGUGUCCGCCGCGCCCGGGACGGGCAUCUGCCCCUACGAGCUGCUGCAGUACGCGCACCAGGAGGCGGUCGCGGCGCGCACGCCGGGGGCGUCGACGGCGGUGCUCCUGUCGCUCGCCGGCACGACGCUGAGGUACGCCUACGUCGGCGACAGCGCCUUCGCGGUGUUCCGCGCCGGCAGGCUCUUCGUCCGCUCCAAGGUGCAGCAGUGGAGCUUCAACUUCCCGUUCCAGCUCUCCGCCCAGGGCGGCAACACCGCCUCCGAUGCGGCGCGCGGCAGCGUCGAGGUGGAGGAAGGCGACGUGGUGGUGGCCGGGACGGACGGGCUGUUCGACAACGUGUCCGACCUGGAGCUCCAGCGGAUCGUCACGAUGUGCAGGUCGCUGGGGCUGUCGCCCAAGCACACGGCGGACGUCAUCGCCGGCUUCGCCUACGAGGCGUCGAUGACGAGUAACAGGGACACGCCGUUCAGCGCCCAGAGCCGGGCACACAACGGGACGUCCUUCCGGGGAGGGAAGAGGGACGACAUCACCGUCGUCGUCGCCUACAUCGUCUGA